AGAACCCAGGGAGGCAUAUUGGGGUUUCUCUCUGCUUCCAAGACACUCCGGAUCUGUCAAUUUCCGGGUUGAAAGUCCAUGGCAGAGAAAGAGGAUACAAAGUCCACCACCGAGAAGGAGGGUGCAAAGCCCACCGCUGAGAAAGACACCAAAGCAGAACCCCAACCUCAGAGUGCGGAAGAACCUAAAAAGGAAGAAACCACCUUGUUCCCCGGGGCUCCCCUACUAGAAGACAACUCUAAACAAACAGAAGAAGAACUGAGAUUUUACGCCCCGGAUUACCUAGUUUUGACUGUCCUAGCCGCACUUCUUUUCCCUCCUCUGGGAUUUGUAGCUGUCUACUUCUGCUACCAGACCAUAAAGUACAACAAAGACAGCGAAUGGACAGAAGCUUACCACAACUCAAGUAUAACUGGCUGGCUGGAUACAUUCAGCAUACUCAUCGGUUUAGGCCUUAUUUAUUACAUCACUCUAUUUACUUAAAGACCAGACCCAGAACCUUAGGGUACACUCUCUAGCAAGAUCCACUCAAGACAUCAACCAGCCAAGUCAGUCACCAUGCAAGAAACCAACAGCUGAGACAACUCCUAGCCAGGAAACCCACCAGCCAAGGAAUUCAACAACCAAACAACCUAUUACAGGGUAGAAACUACUUCAUUCCAUUUGGCCUCUUGAACUAUGUUCUUCCCACCUUGGAUAUAGGCUCUUCCAUUACUCAGAAGCCCAUAGUUCCUUGAUAUUGGGCUGCUCUUUCAGGAAAAAAUAAAAGGUUUAUUGAAAUCAAUAAAAAUGAAGGGAAUA